GGCUUACAGGUCUAAGAUGAGGACUCAAUAUUUACAGGCAUAAAGCAGUUCAGAUUUUUCCAAAGAUGGAUGUUGCUGGUCUCUCUUUACACUGGGGCUUAGACAACAGCCAGGAACUGAACUGUCAAUCAGAUGUACUAUUGGAUCCUGCAGUUUCUUAGCUGAGACUGUGACUGGAAUUAACAGAAGCAUAUGGUUUUACGUAGACACAAUAUGCUGGGGAGAUUCUAGGAGUCCUGUCAUGCUUCAGCUUUAGGAUAAAACCACAAAGUGGUUACAUUCUGUCUUGUCCAUGCUGCUAAAAUGAAGGUGUAUGGAAAAGAGAGACAUCUGAAAGACAAUUAUGAGAUAGGGUAUGGGUAGCUCAACUGUAAGGUUGAGCAAAAACAGAUUAAAAUGUACGGCACCGUUCCAAAAAGGCAGCAGCGUUGCAGUGAAGCCAGCAGAAAUGGAGGACAGCAACAAUUCCAUUCGCUUUGGUUACGUCUGGAAAAGUGGAAUAUCACACAAGUUCAAUGAGUAUCAGUGAAAACUGGCUAAAGCACACUUAAAAAUAAAUUUGGCAGCACAUACACUUCAGUGUCGUCACCCCUGAAUAAAGGAAACAAACAGCCAUCUUUUGAGGCAGGAUUUCUUUUGACUCAUUGAAAGGCCUUCAUCCUGUUCCCAGAACUUGACCUAAAUAAAGUUACCACUCCUCUAUUUCUGUCCUUAAAAGUUUCUGAAAUGGGUGUAUUCAAAGCAGGGACCGCCCUAUAAACGGCUGGAUUACAUCCUCUUCCUCAGUCUUUUUAAGCCCUGAAUAUUGCUACACGUAGGAGUUGCCAAAUUUUCCUCUUCUGGCUGUAAACAGAAAGCGUGCAAUGAACUCCAGAUUUCUUUUAAAAGCUUUCUAACCUCCCUCAGCAUUUCACUUUUCUCACCACGGCUGGCUGGCUGUCAGCGGGGAAGACACAAACAUCAUGAACAUUAAAGCGUUAUUUGCAGCCAGUCCUGGUUUGUAGUUGCACGUAUGGCAAUUUUUAAUGAUGCGUUUGCUGUGCUAAAUUAAGCCUGGGCUCUUGGGAGUAAUUGCAGUGGCUUCCUUUAAUGCAGCAAUAAUCAUUGUUAAAGUCAGCAUACGUGACGCCGUAGCCUUUGGCAACCAAGAGAGCCAGCGUUUAGCUGCGGAGAGGAUUUUCCAUCCCCAUUUUAGGAGGCGACCGGGGGUCGGUGUUGUCGGAGGGGAAGUUCCCUGGGCUACGUGCGUGCGGCAGCCAAGCCGCGAAACCAGCGAAACCAGCGCACCGGGAACUGCCCCGACCGAAGGAGCCGCCGCUCGGGCUCCGCCGAGCCAAGGGGCAGCAGCGGCGUCCGGGGCAGUGUCCUGGGCAGCGCCCGGACCCCGGCGGUGUCCGGCCCCCGGCGGAAGGGCGGGCCCGGGCGGCGUCCCAGCGGCGGCCUUGCUGCAGCAGCGGCAGAACUCGUGUUAAACUACGUUCUUUGUGCGGCAGUGAAAUGCUGUUCCGCUUCGGCGUGGUGCUGCCCGCCCGGGUGACGGAGGGCGGCGCGGAGCUGCUGGUGGCCGGCUCGCGGCCGGAGCUGGGCGAGUGGGACCCGCGGCGCGCCGUGCCCAUGAGGCGGGCGCGGCCGAGCGCCCCGCUGCCCGCCCAGGAGCCCGCGCUGUGGCUGGCGGAGGUGGCGCUGCCGGACGAGGACGCCGCCAGCCCCUUCUGGUACAAGUUCCUGCGGCGGGAGGGCGGCCACUUCCUCUGGGAAGGUAGUGGGCCCCACCAUGAUCGAAGUUGUGUUUACAACCAGAGCAACAUAGUAGAUGGAGUUUACUGCCUUCCAAUAGCACACUGGAUUGAAGUCUCUGGACAUACUGAUGAGAUGAAACACACAACCGAUUUCUAUUUUAAUAUCGCAGGACAUCAAGCUAUCCAUUACUCCAGGAUUCUGCCCAACAUCUGGCUGGGAAGUUGCCCUCGGCAGCUGGAGCACGUGACCAUCAAGCUGAAACAUGAGCUGGGUGUUACAGCUGUGAUGAACUUCCAGACUGAAUCUGACAUUGUUCAAAAUUCCUGGGGCUGCAACCGCUACCCAGAACCCAUGAGCCCUGAAAUCCUCAUGAAACUGUAUAAGGAAGAAGGUCUUGCCUAUGUCUGGCUGCCAACUGCAGACAUGAGCACUGAAGGAAGAAUACAGAUGUUGCCACAAGCUGUCUGCCUCCUGCACGGGCUGCUGCAGAACGGACACACUGUCUAUGUUCAUUGCAAUGCUGGUGUUGGCAGGUCCACAGCCGCUGUCAGUGGCUGGCUGAAGUACGUGAUGGGAUGGAGCCUGCGGAAAGUGCAGUACUUCUUGGCUUCCCGGAGACCAGCUGUCUACAUAGAUGAGGAAGCUCUGAAUCGUGCUGAAGAUGAUUUCUACCAGAAAUUUGGGCAUCUUCGUUCCUCAUACCAAAUACAAGAGUAGAAAAGUAAAAGAGGAAAAGGAAGCUGAAGGGGAAUCCUCACAUUUGAAGCCCAAGGACUUAGAGAUUUCUGUGACUCAGGCACCCACCUCUUAUCUUCAGAUUAUAAACUUCUUGUAAAAGUGAUGAGAAUUUUGUUUAGAAAAUGCCUUAGAGUGUUUUUUAAUAUUUGCUUUCUUUAAGCUGACAUGAUUCCCGUUUUCAAGCCUUUUGGUACAAUUAUGAGACCUAGAAACUCUGCAAAGUGAAGCAAGAUUUUCUUGUAACUACUUACCUGUAGGAACUGAGGUUUUAGGGUAGAUGCUAAAUAAGAUGUGAGGUGAAAUAGAGUUGGCAAUAUUUCAGUGACAAGAAAAAAAUACAAAGAUUGACUGGACUAAGGUUCAGGUUAGGAUGGAGAUCAUCAUCAAAGCUGCUCAGUUGUUUUAAGUGGACAUUAGAUUGUUGCAAUAUUUUGUAGUAAAUUUGUAGACAAGUGAUAUUAACGAGAAAGACCAAAAGGAAACUAGUUCUUAACUCAGUGUUUAAAAACAAAAUGCUAAAGUCUAAUGCAAUAAGCUAAGAUUUGGUCUUUGUCCAUCUAGUUAAUGUUAAAUAUUAUGAGCUCCAGCUAUAUUCUUUUAUGACAUUGGGGUUAUGCUGGGGUAUGACAUGAAGAGGGACACAGCUCCAGCUGUAGCAGCCUUUCUUUGUUGUGGGGGCAGGACUGCUGUUAUAUUAUCCUAGGCUGUGAGUUUGCUGAACUGAAGCUGAGUUUUGCUCCUCUGGUCCAUGCAGUGCUGUACAGGGGCUCCUUUAGGUGCCAAGGCAAUCUGAGCAGUAACCACUGGGGUAAGACAGGACCUGUAGGAAUUAUGUGAUAAGCAAUGUGCACAACUGGCACCACAACCUCUGGGCUCUAUCUCUAGAUAGACUAAUAUCUCCAAUACAGCAAAAGCCUCUCCUUGUGCAAGCAGUGGGUGUGUGUUAGGUUUAGCUGAUUGAAUCUAAUGCUGGGCUAUCUCUGGGCUGAAUGAGUACAUUCCUCUAUAGGAGCAGAGAGCAACUCUGCAGAGGAUGGUUUCUCAUGGUUUUCUAGCUCAGCGCUAGCUUUGUGGAUGAUCCUUAAUGUUUUCCAUUACUGCUUGGUCCCUCAGCUAAACUCAGCUAAACUAAGCAGUGGCAUCAACAGCUUCCAGUCCCACUCAGAUAAAACCAAUUUGCUGUAGGUUCAUUUCAAGAGCGAAGAGAGGAUUAAGGAUGCAUAAACAUUAAGAAACAUAGUUUCUAUAGGUUUGUUCUUCAGUGAAAUCUUGUUUUUUUUUCCAGCCAAUUUAUUCCUCUAAAGAUGCAGUCAGUUUAAGUAAGAAAUACUGAUUUUCUGAAUACUUAAUAGAGAAACUGUUAGUUAUGAACUGUUUAUGGAGAAUGUCCAAAAUAAUAUAUUUUAUUUAUUCUGUACUUCAAUCAUCUUGAAAAGAAAAAUGUUUAAGUUAUUCUGUGUGUGGUUUUGAUCAUGACUUCAUUUUUGAUUUUUUCAAAUAACACUGCCUGUUUAGAAAAUGGAUGAGAAAAGUUCUCUGUUAAAUAAAGAUAAAAUUACUAU